AUGGAGCAAUUUCGGCAGAUUGGAGAGGUAUUGGGAGGCUUGAAGGCUCUUAUGGUGUUCAAAGACAAUAUCCAUACCAAUCAGAGGCAGUGCUGUCUGCUGCUUGAUAUGUUCAGUUUUGCUUAUGAUUUAAUAGCAGAGGAGAUGAAACAGAACCUAAAAUUUGAAGAGAAGAAUAUGAAAUGGAAAAUUCUUGAACAGCCCUUGAAAGAGCUGCAUCGUGCAUUCAAAGAAGGAGAACAAUACAUCAGACACAGCUUGGAAACCAGGGACUGGUGGGCUAAAGUCAUUACCUUCUAUCACAACACAGACUGCGUGGAAUUCUGCAUCCACAACUUGCUCUCUUGCGUUCCAAUUGUCAUUGAAGCAAUAGAAAUUGCAGCAGAAAUAUCGGGGUUGGACCCAGAUGAGAUGCAAAAGAAGAAACUUGCGUUCUCACGAAAGUAUCACAAGGAGUGGAAAGACCCAAAACUCUUCCAGUGGAGAUUUGGGAAACAGUAUCUUGUUUCGCAGGAUUUUUGCACUCGUUUAGAAACAGUGUGGAAUGAAGACAGAUGGAUUCUCCUCAACAAGAUCAGGGAAAAGAAGAUUUCAGGUCUAGCGAGUUCAAUAAAGUAUGAGCAACGACUCACAGAUCUUUUCAAAAACUUAGAUGGAUCAGAGCUGUUGAAUGCGAAACUCUUACCUUGUUCCAUCUUAGUGGGCUCCAAGGACUACCAGGUGAGGAGACGGUUAGGGAAUGGGAGCCAAUACAAGGAGAUCCUGUGGUUGGGUGAAAUCUUUGUUUUAAGGCACUUUUUUGGAGAAAUUGAAACUCUGAUUCCUGAGAUCUCUAUGCUACUGUCCCUCUCUCACCCUCAUAUACUGCACUUCCUUUGCGGGUUUACUGAUGAGGAAAUGAAAGAGUGUUUUUUGGUUAUGGAACUAAUGAGUAGAGAUCUUUGCAGCUACAUUAAAGAGAUCUGUGGCCCAAGGAAGCGAAUUCCAUUCUCUUUACCUGUUGCAGUUGAUCUUAUGCUUCAGAUUGCAAGAGGAAUGGAGUAUCUCCACUCAAAGAAAAUCUACCAUGGAGAUUUAAACCCUUCUAAUAUUCUUGUUAAAGCCAGAAGUGUCUCCACAGAAGGGUAUUUGCAUGCAAAAAUCACAGGAUUUGGCCUAUCUUCUGCCAAAAAUAUCUCUCAAAAGUCCUCCGCAAACCCUUUCAUUUGGCAUGCUCCUGAGGUUCUAGCAGAGCAAGAACAAUCAGGAACUAUUGGAAACUCCAAGUACACAGAAAAGUCCGAUGUCUACAGCUUUGGGAUGAUAUGCUUUGAGCUGCUGACUGGAAAGGUCCCCUUUGAGGAUGGACAUCUUCAAGGGGAUAAAAUGAGCCGAAACAUCAGAGCUGGGGAGAGGCCACUCUUUCCAUUCUAUUCACCAAAAUAUGUCACAAACUUGACCAAGAAGUGUUGGCACACCGACCCAAAUCAACGGCCAAGUUUCUCAUCCAUAUGCAGGAUCCUUCGCUAUAUAAAACGGUUUCUGUUGAUGAACCCUGAUUACGGCCAUCCAGAACCACCAAUGCCACUUGUUGAAUACUGUGAUAUUGAGGCUAGGCUUUUAAAGGAGUUUUCUUCAUGGGGGAAUCCUGAUCCACCACUGGUAUCGCGAGUCCCCUUUCAGAUGUUUGCUUAUAGAGUUGAGGAGAAAGAAAAAACAAGCACGAACCAGAGUUCAGAAUCAGGAAGUGAUGGAGGUUCAGUCUGUGGGGAUGAGAAUGGGAACACUAUGGAUGACCCCUUCCCCACGGUAACAGAGAAGAAAUCACUAGUUGCUUCCGAAACUUUAAAUAAGAAGAUUUCUACGAUUAAAAAAUCUGCAGACACAAAAACCAACAGGCAACCAGGGACACCGAAAGGACGAUCUGUUAGACCUCCACAAACAUCCCAUAGUGCACGAAGUAUGAGAAUGAAUUCCGAGAGCCAGUUAAUGACGAUCAGUCCAAAAGUGCGUAGAACAUCUGGUCAUGUUUCAGAUUCUGAACUUCCCUAGGCCAAAUUGAAAAUGAAUUUCUGAAAAAGAAAAAUGGGAGUUUAUAGACCAGAUAUUUACAUUUUUAUGUAUUUUUAUUUUCACCAUCUUUGUAUACAGGGUAGUUUGUGACAGGGUAGGAACAGAUUAGUUUGCUUUCUACAGUUUCACUGAAGUUAAUUUGUACUGUAAAACUGCGUCUACAUUUUUGCAAUACUCAUCUGGGCUGUUUUCU